CAGCCAACAUCCCGCCGUUUGCCGCCGCUUAUCGGGGAAUUGCAGGGCUGCAUCCCCUCCUCCCCAGCUGGACAUCACUCACUAGUUGUGUACAGCCCGCCAUCCAGACCCUGCAGAUUCAGCUGUCCCAGUGGUUAUUUUGCCAUCAGAUCUGGGAGGUAUAUCUCGUCUACGCUUCAUUACCUUCCUUCUCAGGAGCCAACAUUCCUCCCCUACCACCAUCACAUCAGUGCAGUGCAGCCUGGUCUCCACAUUUGGAGCCAAGAUCGGGGCCAUAGAUUCUACGUCCCCCCCACUGAGGAUCCCAACUAUUAACUAGUCUUGCGCUACACCGCUCGUCUGACGUCCAUCCCCCCUUUUGCCCGGAAAUUGCACCGUGCGAUAAGGUUGAAGGGUGGUCAUAUUUGAAUGUCGAACAGGGAGAAGUCACUUGGGUCCCUGACAGCCCCUGCACCGUGACAACCUGAGUCCCAUCCACCACCAUGGCCCCGUUGGGCGAGACCAUCGCCGUGAUUGACAGGUCUGGGAAGGUGGUCAGCACGAGCAAACACCUCUUUGGGGUCUUCAGUCAAGCCAAGAAUGCCUAUCGGGAGCGCAAAGCCCAAGUGCAGUCCGAGCGGAACGCCAAGAUUGCGGAGAGGGAGGCCUUGAAGAUGCUCCAGAACUACCACAUCGAUGAUGGCCGCUACGAGGCUGCUCCCUCGGUCGCAUCGUCGCGGCGGAGUCGCUCGCGACAGUACGCGGGCCGCAGCCGCAGCCAUCAUCCCGGGGUAGGGUCCUUGUACGAGGAGGACGUGCACUGGCGAGGAGACUACGAGGCGGAGGACCCAUACUACAACCAACCGCGCGAGAUGGUGCGACGACACACGCACCACGAUGUCGGCGUGCGCGAGCUGGACCGGCCGGUUCCGGUCCGCACGCGCUCCGACUAUACCCCCCAUGUCGAUAUGGAUCUGGCCUACGGCGAGUUCCACCCGUCCGCCCUCGAGCCGCCCCGUCAGGACCAGCUCGUUCCCCCACCACACUCCGGCCAGCUGCAACGCAUUGAGGACCCCGAACUCAACGGGCUGGUUUCUCGCGCACAGUGGCUGCUCGAGGAGGCCGACUGCAUGCAGCACACCGCCACCGCCACGAUUGCCCACCUCCAGAAGAACCCGGACUCCAUGGCGGCCGUCGCGCUCACGCUGGCGGAAAUCAGCAACCUGGUGACCAAGCUGGCGCCGUCCGCGCUGGGGGCCCUCAAGGCCGCCGCGCCCAGCGUCUUCGCCCUGCUCGCGAGCCCGCAGUUUCUCAUUGCCGCCGGCGUGGGUCUGGGGGUGACGAUCGUCAUGUUCGGCGGCUACAAGAUCGUCAAGCAGAUCCAAUCGGCCACGUCCUCCACGACCCCCGUGCUCGAGGCCGCCCCGCAUCAACAACAACAACAACAACCACCACCUCCCUUCCCCCAACAAUACCCGCGCGACGCGAUGGACGACCCCAGCAUGGAGGACAUGAUGGAGUUCAACACGGACUGCCUCAGCAGCGUGGAGAUGUGGCGGCGCGGGGUCGCCGACGCCGAGGCCGAGAGCGCGGGCACCUCCGUCGACGGCGAGUUCAUCACCCCGACGGCCGCCAUGAUGUCCGGCAUCGACGUGACCACCGCCAGGAUGACCCGCGACCCGCGCUUCAAGUUUGACGACGACGACGAGCACUCCAGGGCCUCCUCGCGUCGCUCGCGCCGUUCCCGCUCGCAUCAGCACGGCCGAUCGCGCGCCGACCACCGGCCCCCGGAGUCGUAUCUCGGCUCCAAGGCGCCGCCCUCGUCGCAUCACCACCCUUCUUCGCAAUCGGAGGCUCGUGACUCUAAGAAACCCAAGGAGAAGACGAAGCGGUCCAGUCGGUUGAGAUUGAUGUUCACGACCUGAUUGCGUGGGGGGUGCUGGGAUUUUGCGACUCUCCGGUCGGAUGGGAGGGGGAUGAAAUCUGUACAAACUUUCUUUUGUCCUCAUGCCUUGCCGCAACUUGAAUCUGUGAAUGCACAAGAAGGGGGGCAAUACUGAUAUUAUUGUGAUGAUCUGAUGGGCGUUGAUUCCGCAUUGCGUACACUUACUUACGCCUUCUUCACAGUCCGACUUUGUAUCGGAAGGUUUAUUCGAGCGAGUUUUGCGGUCGGCGUUUUCUGCAUAUAUGGCGUUAGGGAAUAUUCUUUCAGCAUUUGUGCAUAUUCAAAUCCACAUUGUUCCGACCCG